CCAGACUGUUUAUUUUGUGUUAUACGAAUAGAAUAAUAUGCUGUCUUUCGCCAACCUUUGACUGCUUUUGUUAUCUCUUCAUUCAUCAACAAACGCGCUUCUGCAUUAAUCACGUUUGUCACCAACUCUAAUUAUAUCACCUUUCUGGAUUUUUCAUUCAUUCAUUCAUUCCCCUUUUACCAAAAACCACAUUGGUGACAACAAAAAAUGUUAGACAAGCUUUUGGGAGCUCAAAGGGCUAGAAAAUUCUACAGAUUUCUCAGACAUUGUAAGGUUACAAUCCUCUGUCUUGUCCUCACCAUUGUUGUCCUACGUGGUACAAUCGGUGCCGGUAAAUUCGGUACGCCGGAGCAAGAUUUCGUUGACAUUCGCAACCGCUUCACCUCUCGUAAGCUACCUGAAUCUCAUCGCAUUCUCGCUGAGACUCAUUCCUCUUCAUCUUCUUCCUCCUCUCGUUCAGACAUUUCUACAAACAAUUACAAUGCAUUCGACAUCAACACAAUAUUGGUCGAUGAAGAAGAAGAAGAAAAAAGCAGCUCCGACAAGGCUUAUCGUUUAGGACCGAAGAUUUCGAAUUGGAAUGAGCAGAGAUCAAAAUGGCUUAUUGAAAACCCCGAUUUCCCGAAUUUCAUUCGACCCGGAAAGCCUCGUGUGCUUUUGGUAACUGGUUCGUCGCCAAAACCGUGUGAGAAUCCGGUGGGUGAUCAUUACUUGUUGAAGUCUAUUAAGAACAAGAUUGAUUAUUGUCGUUUACAUGGUAUUGAGGUGUUUUAUAAUAUGGCUCUUUUGGAUGCUGAAAUGGCGGGGUUUUGGGCGAAGCUUCCUUUGAUUCGGAAGCUUCUUUUGUCACAUCCUGAAGUGGAGUUUUUGUGGUGGAUGGAUAGUGAUGCCAUGUUUACGGAUAUGGCUUUUGAAGUUCCGUGGGAGAGGUAUAAAGACUCUAAUUUGGUGAUGCAUGGUUGGGAUGAGAUGGUGUAUGAUGAGAAGAAUUGGAUUGGGUUGAAUACUGGGAGUUUUUUGUUGAGAAACUGUCAAUGGUCAUUGGAUCUUCUUGAUGUUUGGGCACCAAUGGGACCAAAAGGGAAAGUUAGGGAAGAAGCUGGGAAAAUACUUACACGCGAACUCAAAGAGCGGCCGGUUUUCGAAGCGGAUGAUCAAUCUGCUAUGGUUUAUUUGUUGGCUAAGGAAAAGGAGAUAUGGGGUGACAAGGUUUAUCUUGAGAAUGGUUAUUACUUGCACGGAUAUUGGGGGAUUUUGGUUGAUAGAUAUGAGGAAAUGAUUGAGAAAUAUCAUCCUGGUUUUGGUGAUCAUAGAUGGCCAUUGGUGACUCAUUUUGUGGGAUGUAAACCUUGUGGGAAGUUUGGUGAUUAUCCUGUUGAGAGAUGCUUGAAGCAGAUGGAUAGAGCUUUCAAUUUUGGUGAUAAUCAGAUAUUGCAGAUUUAUGGAUUCACACAUAAGUCAUUGGGUAGUAGGAGAGUUAGGAGAAUAAGAAAUGAGACUAAUAAUCCUCUUGAAGUUAAAGAUGAACUUGGUUUGCUUCAUCCUACUUUUAAAGCUGUUAAGGGAAAGUUUUUGAAGCCAUCACCAAAGCAAAUCACUGUGUGGGGAAAGGUAGCACCAUCCUUAAUCUGAUCAAGCUUGAGUUAAGUAAAGUGGAAAGGUAUCGCAUAAUUCAAGUUUAUAGUGAAGACUGAAGAGAACAAAUGUGCAUGAGGGGUACCUCAUACACAAGAACAGUGUGUGCUUAGUUGUAUAAGGCUUCAGCCCUCUUUUAUCAAAAACAAAAUGUAUGGAAUGUUGAAAGAUUUGAAGAGGAUUAUAACAGCGACUGUUUCUGAUUGUUCAGGCAUUGAAUUUCAAUCUCAAUUGUGUUUUUAUCAGUUGAAAAUUUGUCUAAUGGAAUUUUCCUCAAAACUGUAUGGGUCUAUCUUUCAAAAAAAGCUUACAUGCUAGAUAAAUACCACUACCUAGAGACAGAAGAAAAAUUGUCUGCAUUGUUGUUGUUUUCUGUCAGGUUGAUUUUACAAAAUAAAUAACACUACCUAGAGAUAGAAGAAGAAUUGUCGCAUUCUUGCUGUUCUGUCAGGGCGAUCUUACAAAUUAUAUCAGUGGUAAUCUCCAAUGGUGGGAAUUUAGUGCUAUUGGAGUGUCUUAAUACAUUGCUUAUAAGAAAUGGAGCUAGAUGAAGCAAUUUUCAACGAUUUGAAAAGUGGAACUUAACAUUAAAUAUUAUUUUUGGAACUAAAUGCAUUGCUUAUAAGAAAUGGAGUGUCUUAAUUCAUAGUUUUUGUAUGGUUUAAAACAAGGUCCAACGCAAUGAUAUGAGAAGUUUGAUAA